CAACUUCGCCAAAGCUGAAGUAAAGGCUGCACCUGACUGCCUCCCCUUAAUAUCCAUUUCAAGUUGCAAUCCUUUUUUUACGCAACCGUUCACCACAAUGUCCUUCUCUUAAUAGCGUCGCUCAUUUGCUGCGAAGAUUUAGCAGUCUUCGUUCUUUUUCUAGUUCUGCCUUUCCCGCUGUGCGCGUUCAUCCCGGCGCUCCUGGCGCUUGCUCCCGUAAGCGGAUUGACCGCUUGGUUGGACGCGUGGAGCCAUGUCAGGCGAGAACGCGCGUCUCUACAACGACGAUGACGCUGUUAUCCACGAGCAGCGUGUGAGCUCUUCAAGCGAAAACGAGAUUUCAGAAUGGGCACGCGACCGUGAAGCCCAAGCUGGCUUUCAUCACAGCCAGGCCUCAUUGCCUGUCAGUAUCUUGCUCGCACAACUUUUCCUGUCGAUCUGGGCAGCCUUGAUCCACUAUCUGUCCUGGAAGCGGAUCCGUCAAGUGCUAAGACCGAGUUUCCUCUCUGGUAGUGAUGGCGAGCAUGAGAAGAGCAGAGGUGGCGCGAAUGGCGCUCUCGACGGACUACGCGGAGUCUCCUGUCUGAUUGUCGCCCUAUACCACUUCUUCGGCGAAUUCUACGAGCUCGAUAAGGGAUACAUAUGGGAUUGGGAUAGCCCCAACGGAGGACCGCUUGCAACGUGGCUGAACCUACCCAUUGUCAAAGCGUUUUACAACGGCCCGAACAUGGUCGCGAUCUUCUUCAUGAUCAGUGGCUAUGUUCUUUCUCACCGCUUCAUCGAGCUUAUUCGUCGUGGGCAGAUCGACAAGGCGCUCGGCUCAAUGCCUUCGGCGAUAUUUAGGAGGUGGAUGCGACUGUUCUUUCCUGUUGGCGUGUCCUUCGCCAUCACUGGCUUCUUAGUCUGGUGUGGAAUAUACGAAUACUCGAGGACACAGCACGACGGCUACGCAGAGUCCAUGGGACAUCUUCCAGGCCCAUUUCCAAAACGCGGGGAGAAUGCGUGGGAUCAAAUGUCUAUUUGGCUUCAAACUUGGAGGCACUUAUUCCACUCCUUCACAUGGGAACGCUACGGGCCUGUCGAUAUUGAUAGCGACGCGUGGACCAUUUCGGUCGAAUAUCGCUCCUCAAUCGUCGUCUUCAUGUCGGUUAUUGCCCUGGCCAGGGUGAGAAGGUUGAUCCUUCGUCUCUCUCUGAUCGUCUUGAUCAUGGCCUGGGCGAUACAGUGGGAGCCUCGAGCCUGGGAGGUCGUUCUCUUUCUUGGUGGAACGUUUGUGGCCGAAAUCAACGUCGCAAACAGACUGUCGAUGGAGUUGGGCUGUGACGCGACGGAGAAGCACAGGUCUCACCUCCGAAUGUCGUCACAUUGGUGGAUGGUCGUGAUGGUUGUUAUGAUGUAUCUCAUCUCCGUGCCAUCAUUGCACCUUUACGACUCUGAUCCAGGAUGGGGUUGGCACCUGCUCCGCGACAUUGGGAAAAUUCCGUCCAGCUAUCUCUUCAACAUGUACCAGUUCCUCGGCGCUCUACUCCUCAUCCUUGCAACGACAAAUUGGGAGCCUCUCCAACAUUUGCUCAACAUGCCCGUUCCACAAUACCUUGGCCGACUGUCCUACUCGCUCUACUUGGUCCACGGUCCUUGGGUCAAACUCUGCGGCUGGGCACUUGUACCGCGCUUUCUCAACAUCGUUUACGGACGCCUUGGCUCUCUGGAUCGCGACUUUAACGCCAGCGCGUGUCUGGGAUUUUUGAUUUUCAUGCCCACUACGAUCUAUUUUGCAGACAUAUUUAUGAGAUAUGUAGAUAUACCCAGCGUCAAGAUGAGUAGACAGAUAUGGGACUUUUGCACGUCAUAGACGACGUUUCAAUAUUCAACACAUGUGUACAGACUGAAGAGCUGCAGUCCACAAUGAACUUUAUAUUUCUGCCAAGUAUCCCGUCGAAUUCGACCAUCUUCGCCACAUCUGCCUGGGUUCAUUGCCCCUAUGUUUGGGCUGAAGGUUUGAAGCAAUUUGUUCAAGAGCUUGGUGCUGGAUCGGCCUGUUCCAAGGUCUCCCCAGUACAACCCAAUCCGCAGCGGAAGCGUCAAAGGAGAAGGCUUCACGGCUAGAUUGCCUCGUGGGCGCUGUUGGGCUAUCGCUUCCAAAACUGCUCGCGGGUCAUCGUGUCACCGCGUCCAGCGUCCAGACCAGGCCCGAAGCCCCGCCAGCGGAUCAACGCGAUUGGGCCAGCCUGCCACAAGUACAGCGCAAGAAACCACCGAAGACUUGGCGCGGGUCAUGCCCAGCCGUGACAAGCGCGCUGGCGGGCUUCCACGGCAGGUCGCAAAGCGCCACGCGAGUGCGCAGAGGAGGUGCGACCCUGCUGCCGCUUCGUCGAUUCUCUUCACGUGGCUUGAUUUCGCUUGG